CCUCAUCAGUUUAGACCCUCGUGGCAUUCUUCCAACACGUAUCCUCGCACCUUUAACGCGCGGUGAUGUCUUCAGAAAUACCAGAUAUGCCUUUGUCAGACCCUCCGGAAGCCCCUGUGGCUGAACAGACAACUCCUCCUGACCAUCCCGUCGCGUCUAGAAAGUCUUACAGACGCAAGUAUCGCAAGAUCAUGGUCACGUUUGAGGAGAAAACGAGGGAAAGCACCGCUCUCUUCAAAGAAGAGCACAGAAUUCUUGACAUAUCUCAACGACUAGCAGAGCAGACCGAUCAACUACUUCAGCUGCUUGUGGACUUGAAUUCAUGCCCGCAAGUCCCUUCACGCCUACGCUACGAUCUCCAGUCUCCCUCCGAGCACAACUCAUCAGAUGAGCCCACAACCCAAGCGAACACCGAGGAGGAGGGUCAUCUGGUACUUCGGAAAGCAAGAUAUCAAUUGCAAACAGGAGAGAUCGACGUGGGAACCUACAGAGAAAUUGAAGCAUCUCUACUCAAAACCUCAGCAUUCGCUCCACAGCGCUCAUACUCUUCGUUACUGUCAGAUGCAUCGCUACCUCAUCCUACGUCGAAGGCGACGUCUGGUCAAGGCGCCACGGAGGCUUUCCUGUCGACAAGACACGAAGAAGAAUACCUACAAUCCCUGGAUGCGUUCCUCGACGGUACUACAACCAACCCUCGAGCGCACGCUACCAGCAGUCUUGGAACCCGAAUUGCGGAAAGGAGUACCGAACGAGAACGAGAGAUGCAGCUAAAGAAUCCUGUCUCGGUCUACAACUGGCUUCGCAAGCAUCAGCCACAGGUGUUUCUACAGGACAAUGAGCCGGCGACUGAGAAGGCACCCCGCCCAGCCGGAUCAAGAAGCUCUGCGCGAAAGUCUGCUAGCAAGGAAGCACUCAAGCAGGAGCAAGAUCUAUAUGAUGACGAUGGGAUUGCCAUGGACGUGGGCGCCUCGGCAAGGGGAAAGCGCAAGAGAGAUAAUGACGGUGGUUAUCGCCCCAAAGGAGGUAACUCACGAGGAACCAAGCGCAGGAAGGAGAGCAAAGAAGAAUCCGGUGGUCGCAACAAGCGGGCGAAGAAACUGUCGGUGGACGCGAGAUAGACAAACCUGGAGAAGCUCGACUGAGGCAUUUUGCAUGAUGGAUAGGAGCGGCGGGAAUGGCGUUCACCAUGUGGCACAAAUUGCGCUUUUUCUCUGCAGGAGUAUUCUUGCUCAGGCCGUCGGAUACCCAGGUAGCAUGACAAACACCAGAGAAAGCUGGAAUGCUGAAUCUCAAGGAGAUGAGCAGACCAGGAGAUUAUGUCAGGUGCCAGAAUGCCAAUCCUCGCCCGCCGGUUUCAUAAAACCAUCC